CGAAGGCGCCGUGUGCCGUGUGCCCGCAGUCAGCAUGGCUGGAGCCGAAGCGGAGAGGAAGGCGGCGCUGGAGACGGUCCAGGCCGAUGGCGCUGACGAAGGCUGUGUGACGUUUGUCCUGCACGAGGAGGACCACACUCUGGGCAACUCCCUCAGAUACAUGGUCAUGAAGAACCCUGACGUGGAGUUCUGUGGAUACAGCAUCACACACCCCUCAGAAAGCAAGAUCAAUUUCCGCAUACAGACGCGAGGAGGAAUCCCAGCCACGGAAAUACUGCGCAAGGGCCUGAAUGACCUCUCAGAUGCCUCUAGACAUGUCCUUCAGACUUUUGAGGCACAGGUGAAGGAGUUCAGACAGAAGCAAGGAGAGGCCAUGGAGUAGAGCCAGCUUUGAUGGAGAACAUGGUCACAUGGGCUGUGUGUCUGACGCUGGACUGAAAUUUGGAAAUACCUAGAAUGCUGCAGUGUUGAGGAGCAUACGGUUCCUAUUUAGAGCUCUCCUGGCCAAUGGACUUGUACAGUGUCUUUUUGUUUUUUUUUUUUGUUUUUUUUUCAAAAAUGAUUUUUUAUCUUAAAAAUGUGCUUUUGGCUGUGAUUCAUGAGCACAAACUCUCACAAGUAGGUCAUUAGUUUAUGAAGAUGUAUUACAUUUUUUUGUGCAGUUCUUCAGAAACUCCACUGCUUUGUUUUGCAGGCUGUGCUUUAAGAAAUGAAGCAGUUACCUGAAAUGAGUUAUUCGUUUGUUUGUCUGACCGCUGUGGCGUUAGAGUGAUUGUUGGAUUUCACUUGACUUUGUUCAGUUAAGAGAUUCCUAGAAAAGCUCCCGGUCAAGUAUAAUCUGCUAAUUAUGGGCCCAACUCAUCCAAACUGUAGACUCGUUCAGUGGCAGCGUCAGAACUGAGGACUGCAGACGUGUGACUGUACUUUUACAAGAUUAAACAUCACAUUUUCAUACAGCUGUA